GAGGGAAGAAGUCGUUUUUGUCGCGGACUCUUCUCUCUUUUUUAUUACGUCUUGCCUCCACAGAAAAAUUGCUCUGGAAAAGACAGGGAGAAAAAAAGGCUGAGUCCUCUCCUUGUUAGAACGAGUCUCUCGACAUUCGGGAGGCACCUGUUGCUCUCGUUCCUUCGUUGAUUCCGACUUCCGUGUCUGUAAUCUGCGGUGCUUCUCAGCCUGCCAUGUCGUUCAGAUGGCUGAGUCGGGGAAAUGCCACAUCUGGCAUGGGUAUAUCUGAUCAUAGCAAGAGCACUUUCAUGGAUCUAAAGAGGAAGAGAGUCCAUCGCUACGUGAUUUUCCAGAUUGAUGAGAAGAAAAAGGAGGUUGUGGUUGAGAAGACUGGUGGCCCAGCUGAAAGCUAUGAGGAUUUCACAGCUGCACUCCCUCAGAAUGAUUGCCGUUACGCCGUUUAUGAUUACGACUUUGUGACUUCUGAUAACUGCCAAAAGAGCAAGAUAUUCUUCAUUGCCUGGUCUCCCUCAACAUCACGUAUACGUGCCAAGAUGCUCUAUGCCACCUCCAGAGAGAGAUUCAGACGAGAUCUGGACGGCAUUCAUUACGAGAUUCAGGCUACUGACCCCACAGAAAUGGAUCUGGAAGUGAUCAAAGAGCGUGCUAAUUGAUAACCAGCUUACAGGUUAAACAUUGACGAUUCCCUGUUGUCCCAAAGAACGAUGCAUUGCCUGACGACAUCGGACAUUAGAUAUUCAAUAGUGCCUAGAAAAUCUGUAAAUAGUACAAGUUGUUACUACUGUUGACGACCACAAUAUGAGGCUUUGUUAUGAUCAGCUCGUAAGGUAUCUUUGCUUUAAAUUUUACCUGCUUGCAUUUCCAGGAUAACAGCAAUUGCUAAGUAGCUGGAAAUUCUAUCAGAAGUACUUAUAUGCUUUGGUUGCUGAACUUACCUUAAGUUUGACUUGUAACGUUUUUUAAGUUUUCAUUGCCUUACUUUAGGCAGAGAAGCACAUUGAUCCCUUCAAUUAUGGCCUUGCAAGUCAUAAGUUUAUCCUC